AGUUGAUCGCGGAUUGCACCCGAGAUGAGAAGUCAAGCUUUGGCCGUCUUUUUCGUAGUUCUGCUAGAGCUGCACUCCUUCGUGGAAUGCUCCAGCUUGCCGGAACCGGGCACCUGCGGUGUCGACUUUUCCGAUCGUAUCUACGGUGGCACGAUCACCACACCGAAGGCCUACCCGUGGACGGCCAUUUUGGUGUACCGACUGAACAGGUUGAAGGAUCUGUACUGGUGCGGAGGUAGUCUGAUCUCGGAUCGCUACGUCCUGACGGCCGCUCACUGCGUCAACAGUCUCAACGAGGACUACGAACUGCAAAGUGUCCGGCUUGGGGAAUGGGAUCUGGAAAGUGAGGAGGACUGCAACGACAUCGAGGAAUGCAACGAUCCUCCGCUAAGCGUCGGCGUCGAGAAGGUCAUCCCGCAUGCGGACUUCUCCAUGGUGACUACCUACAACGAUAUCGCGCUGGUCAAGCUGAACGAAAGUGUCAACUACACGGAGUUUGUAUCGCCGGUAUGCCUGCCGGUUGCCGAACCAGUUAAGACCCUGGACACCGACGGGUUGCGGUUCAUGGCCGCCGGUUGGGGUAACACCGAGCACAAGAACGAUACGACCCAGUACGGAAGUCGCUACAAGCUGCACGUCCAGCUGAACGCCGUCAACAAGACCUUUUGUGACGUGGUGUACCCUAGAGGGGUGGCCAGUUCUCAGCUGUGUGCUGGAGCGGAAGCUGGGAAGAGUAGCUGCCACGGGGAUUCUGGGGGUGCUUUGGUUGCAACGGUCGAUGGUUAUGCCUACGGAUACGGGAUCGUCAGCUAUGGAAGGGCGUGUGGAAAGGAGCACAUUCCAGUUGUGUAUACACGGGUGACCAGCUUUCUGGACUGGAUCGAGGAGAAUAUGGAUUGAAGAGUGUUGUUUGGAAUCGUUAGUUGGGACUUUUAUUACAACUAGUUGCCCUGUAAUACAAUAAAAAUCUUGUGAACAUAA